UUGUGCACGUUGACCGACGUUGGUACGUCCCUGUCCGUGCGCAGCUCACAGUAGUGCAGUACAGGUGUUUUGCAUAAGGGAGUUGCUUGCAUUCGUUUUAACAGACGGACACUACCUGAAGUCAUGGCUGACCAGGUGGCUGCCAUGUGCGAACAGCUAAUGAAAGCUGUGAUUGUGAUGAUGGAUGCAGAAACAAGCCAAAUUUACCGACUGGAGGCCCUAAAGUUUUGCGAAGAGUUUAAAGAGACAAGCUCCCUCUGCGUCCCAUGUGGCUUACAAUUAGCCGACAAAACUCAGCCAGCUGUCGUGAGACACUUUGGUUUGCAAAUACUGGAGCACGUGAUCAAGUUCAGAUGGAACAACAUGCAACAACAAGAGAAAGUCCAGAUAAAAGAAUGUGCUAUGCAGCUAUUAUCAAAUGGUACUCAUUCUAUUCUGGAAGAGGAGAGCCACGUCAAAGAUGCCCUGUCACGAAUCAUAGUGGAAAUGAUAAAGAGAGAAUGGCCUCAACACUGGCCAGACAUGCUGAAGGAAAUGGAAGCUUUGACUAGCCAAGGGGAAGCCCAGACAGAGCUAGUCAUGUUGAUACUUCUGAGGCUGGCAGAGGACGUGAUCACCUUCCAGACCCUGCCCAUCCAACGACGCAGAGACAUCCAACAGACACUCACCCAAAACAUGGACAGCAUCUUCAGUUUCCUCCUGGCCAUUCUGCAUAUUAAUGUUGAAGACUAUCGCAAAGUGAAAGGGUUAUCUGGACAUGAAGUAAAGGCCAGAGCACAUUGUCGAGUUGCUGUGGCUGCACUGAAUACGCUCGCAGGCUACAUAGACUGGGUGUCUCUGGUGCACAUCACCUCUGGAAACUGUCAGCUGUUGGAGAUGUUGUGUCUGCUGCUGAGUGAACCAGAGCUGCAGCUGGAGGCCUCAGAGUGUCUGCUCAUUGCUUUAAGCCGUAAGGGCAAACUGGAGGAGAGGAAGCCGUUCAUGCUGCUGUUUAAUGACGUUGCAAUCCACUACAUCCUCUCUGCAGCCCAGUCGGCAGAUGAACUGGCAAUAUGUACGAAUUCCACGGAUUCAUCAGUGGUGGAGGUGGUGGAGCGGCGUUACGUCUUUCUGAAGAGGCUCUGUCAGGUCCUGUGUGCUCUGGGAUUCCAGCUCUGCUCAUUAGUGGGUUCAGAUGUAAAGGUUGAAGUACCCGGAAAUCUCAGCAAGUACACAGAAGCAUUAUUAGCCUUUACUACACAUUCCAGUCAGUUUUUAAAAUCCUGCACUCUGCCAACGUGGGGAGCUUUGUUCAGACAUGAGACCUUGUCAAAAGAUGCUGUUGUUGUGGAGAUGGCCAUCAAAUACCUCAAAACAUCUAUGACCAGCUUAGUCAAGACUGGGUUUCCUUCCAGACAUGAUAACCCAAGUUGUGAAUACUCCCGGGUGGACUUCGACAGCGAUGAAGACUUCUACUCUUUCUUUAGCUCUUUCCGGGCGCAGCAGGGAGACGUUUUGAGGAGCGCAAGUCGCAUUGUUCCUCUGGAGGCUUUCCAGACAGCUGCAGAGUGGUUACAGUUUCAGAUCGCCAGCCCAAUUGAUCCUGGAAACGCCACUUUAAAGUCUGCAGAGGGCCUCUGUUCGCUCUUGUCUCCAUCAGUCAUCCAGUGGGAUGCCAUGGCGGUCUUUGUGGAGUGUGUGGUCUCACAGAUAUUUAGAAAUGUAGAGGAGGAGAGGUUGCCGAUAGAUCAGAGCAUGGAGCUGCUGCAGGCUGUGCUGGACUAUGACACCAAAGACCCGCUUAUCCUGUCCUGUGUGCUCACAAACAUUUCAGCCCUCUUUCCAUUUGCCACUCGUAGACCUCAGUUCCUGCCACAGGUCCUCCACAAGCUGUUCAAAUCCAUCACAUUUGAUUUUGAUCAAGAAAAAAAAGUACCUCGGACACGAGCUGUAAAGAACUUGAGGAGGCAUGCCGGCUCUUCCAUCAUAAAAAUUUGCAGAGAUUACCCACAGUUUAUAUUGCCUUGCUUUGACAUGUUUUACAGUCAUGUGAAGGAAUUGUUUUCAAGUGACUCCACACCGACAUACAUGGAGAAAUGUUCACUGAUGGAAGCUCUGGUGCUCAUCAGUAACCAGUUCAAAGACUUUGAAAAGCAAAAAGCUUUUCUAAAUGAACUGAUGGCAUCUGUGGUCACAGAGUGGACCUCGGAGGAAGUUAGGAGUGUGCUGUGGGACCCUGCUAAGUUUCUCACUUUUAUCGGUGCUGAUCAGGUGGUCACUGAGCAGAAUGAAGAUGUUGACACAGCAGGACUUAACAGAGGGCGACUGAGCUUCUGCCUCAAUGCCAUGCUGGUGGUAGUGAAGCGCUCACGCUGGCCUGCAGACCCAGAAGAAGCCAAAGUUGGUGGCUUUGUUGUGGGAUACACUCCUGAUGGAGCCCCCAUGUACAGGAACCCCUGCGCAGCCCAGUUUUUGGCCUUUCUACCCAACUUACUGGCUUUGAUAAGGACUCACAACAGUCUGUUCACACCAGAAAACCUGGCUCGUCUAAGUGAGACCUUCUCCAGAGCUCACGAAAUGAUGGACUAUGAGAAAAAUGUUGUUCUUGGUCUCCCUCAGUUUUCUCUGGAUAUUUAUGACUCUCCUGUAUACAGAAGCAACCUGGAGCGCAUGCAGGGAUUUUUCUGGACUUUAUAUGAUAACUGCUUCCAUGUGCUGGGGAAUGCAGGUCCUUCCCUGCAGCAGGAGUUCUACACUAUUGAGAGGUUGGCUGAAGGAAUAGCUGGCUCUGCUUUUGUCUCCCUUGACCACGUGCCUGACUACAGACUUCGUCCAAUGAUUCGGCUGUUUAUGAAGCAGCUGGUGCUUUCAUGUCGUCCAGAGUACUACGACAGUCUACUGCGCCCUCUGCUGGGCCCUUUGUUCACCUACAUGAUGCAGAGACUCAACAACAAAUGGCAGGUCAUCAAUCAGAGGACUUCAAUCAAUGGUGAGGAUGAAGAGGAGCAGGUGGUUUGUCAGGAAACCCAGGUGACCCAGGAGAUGUUAGAAGAGCAGUUGGUACGUCUGCUCACCAGGGAGGUCCUGGAUCUUCUUGCUGUGAGCUGUAUUUCCAGAAAGGUACCUGAACCUGCAGCAAACAAGGAAGAAAUCGAUGAGGAGGACGUGACGAUGGACUCGGUGCAGAUGGCGUCUCCUGCACACCCUGCAGAUGAGCUGACUGAGCUGGGAAAAUGCCUGAUGAAACAUGAAGACAUCUACAUGUCUCUGUUGACGCUAUCUUUCACAUCGCUAUCGUGGAAGGACACCACUAACUGCCAUCGCACAGCUUCCAUGGUCUGCUGGAACCUUCUGCGACAGGUGGUAGGGGGAAAUCUUCUUGCUGAAGCAGUUACAUGGUUCUUUACCAGUGUUCUUAGAGGCCUUCAGGUUCAUGGGCAGCAUGAAGCCUGCAACUCUGCCCUCUCUUACCUGGCUAUGCUCAUCUAUGAAAACCUGCGGCCUCGAUAUGCGGAGCUGAGAGCUGUGAUGACCCAAAUCCCAAACAUCAGUGUUGAUGCUCUGGACCAGUAUGAUCACAGGCUCAUGGACCCGAAAGCCCAGAAAGCUGGAGAGAAGAAGAGGAAAGACCAGUUCAGGAAGCUCAUUGCAGGAACUGUUGGGAAAGCUCUGUGCCAGCAGUUUAGGAAGGAGGUUCAUAUCCGGAAUCUUCCCUCGCUGUUCAAAAAGCCGAAGCCAGACAAGGAUGCACUGGACGGUGAACCCUUGGGCCUAGCAUCUCUCUUCGCCCCUGAAAAUAAUACCUUGUAGGAGCACACAGCGGUUCAAGGGGACUUUGUAUGGACUGAAAAUGGAAUUAUGUAUACAAACCAGAGUUUCCCUCACCGCCCUCCAGCUGACAAUGUGACGCUGCCCAGCAUACCUGUCAACACUUCUGUUUUUCAAUAAGUCACAUUUUCACUCAUUAAGCCACAGCACUCUUCACAUUCAUGCUGCGACCUUUCCACAAGUCUCGUGUAUGAGCAAUACCACACACUUUAUGCCUUUUUAAAAAAAAUUCUACCAUUGUUAUUCAUUCCCUUACACAUACAAAUAAGAGAUGUUAACUAUGGAAAUGUAUCAAAUACUUCAAAUUAUAAUGAAGAGAGUUUCAAGCCCCCCUUCCCCCCCUUUGUCAGACCGUGUUAGAAGAACAACUUCAAAUAACUGUAGCCACAAAACCUACUUUAUACAACAUUGCUGAAUUCAGUAUUCUUGCUUUGGACCUUUUUUUUUUUUUAUUUUUUAAUAGGGCGUAGCGACACACAUAGAGCACUCCAUAGAUAUAUGGAGUUUGAGAAUCAGACCGAAAGAUCUGUGGCAGCUUUUAUAUUUAGAAAAGUAAUUGGUAUCUAAUGAUAUCCAAACAAGCAGAAUCCGUACAGCAGGAUAGCUGCAGAGGGAGUCUGUUAUGACAUGAUGAAGGAACAGAGGUACGUGUCUGUAUUGUUGUGUAGGGGUGGCGAUCUUUUGUGGUUAAAAAGAAUAAGUGAAGUCAUUUUGCAGGUUAGUGUUGGCAGAUAUGUUGUGACAGUGCUGCUGCUGACAAUGCUGUUGUAUCAAUUUGAAACAAAGAGGGGGAAAAAAGUAGGACAAAUCCUGGUGCACGUGUCUUUUUAUUGUCAUUUUCUUCGACUGGACGAGCUUCAAAACAUUGACUGAAGGUGGACCACUGCUUUGUGACGGGACGAAGAUGUUUGCAUACACUUGCCCUUAAAAAAUGCAGGGUUGUGUUUUUUUUAUAAUUUUAUUUAAUUGGAUUCAUUUUGCAGAUAUUUCGCUGAUAGUAAAUGUCUUGAUUAUUUGUGAUUUGCCAAUUUGUCAUAUCAGUACAACUAAACACGAUCCAGCUUUUGUUUGGAUUCGUCUACAUAAAACAGUGCUCAUGUUGUACUUCAAAUAACAGACGCAUUUGUGCCAAAACACUCACUGUAGGACUUUAUGUAAGAGGUUUGCAUAUAAUUUAAAGACUCAAUUUAUGUGUUGCCUAAUUCAAGUUUGUUUUUUGUUUUUUUCUUAAGUAGUUUUGUGUCUGUUCUAGUUUUGCCAGACAGAUAAAGAAAAGCUGAACCAGCACUACAUUCCUUCAUUGUCCAAGGGAUUGUUUUCAAGUGAAGUUGUUGGAUGUAUUUAGCUAUUUUAACCAUGUUGUGAUAGACUUUUUUUUGUUUGUUUGUUUGUUUAUUUUAUUGCCUUUUAAUCUAUUGCGUAGAUUCAGACCAAAUAUACUUGGGAAGUAUUCUGGCUUUGAAUGAUCCCUCUGUAAAUGCAUAAGGACAAGUCUGCAUAUCAGAUGUUUUGAGUGAAAACAAGUUGAUACUAAUGGAAAAGAUUUUGAAAGUUUUUGGUUUUUUUUUAAUUUGUUGAUUUGCAUUUCUAUAAGGAUUUUUUCAUGUUGCCAUUAAAACAAAAAACCAACUUGUUCAACACUACGGAUUUCUGUAUAGACGGGAAAAAAGCUUUUUGAACGUGUAUUGUGGUUUAUAUUUUUGACAGUGACUAAAUGUUUUUAAUUCAGUUAUUUUGUCAUUUUUCUUUUUUAAAAAUAAAAAAUAACAAGAGAGGUAGUUUAGUUUGUUAGUUAAAUACCAUAGAAAUUAAAAUGUUUAAAGAUU